AUGAAUGAGCAUAAUAUUCAUCCUCUUGAUCUUCCAAAUGAAAUAUUAUUUCUCAUUUUGAAAAUACUUGACAAAAUUGAUGUUCUUUUUUCUUUACUGGGUAUAAAUAAUCAACGACUUGAUAUCAUAGCACAAGAACAAAUAUUCAUCAAUUUGUUUAAUUUUGUGUCCUCAUCACAAUCAGCUGAUGAGAUUUCUUCCAUUCCUGGCUUGGUAUUAGAUCGAUUUUGUAUUGAUAUAUUACCAAGAGUUCAUCAAAAUGUCAAAUCUCUCAUCCUUGAACCUGUUUCUUUGGAAUGUAUUCUUCGUGCUGGUAGCUAUCCCAAUCUUACUGAACUUCGACUUUUCAAUUUCAGCAAAACAGUCGUUUCACAUUGUGUUAUGGACGAUACUCUCUUUGGACAUAUUGGUAAACAAAUUACGGAUCUUAUUUUAAUCAGUAAUGAAAACAAUAUUGAAAUAACACCAAAAGAGUAUACGAAGAAUGUUUAUGCAAUUAUGUUUACUUUCUUUGAAAAUUUAAAGCAUCCGAGCAUCGUGCUAUCAUCUUUCAACGAUUAUCGACUUUUAUCGUUAUAUAAUAUAUCACCAAUGACUUUUUCUCUUCGACACUUACUAAGUUACGUAUCCAUGUGA